GCCGAAAAAAGGUGUGUGCUUUUAUUAAUUUAAAAGCGUUUAAAUCAAUGUGACACGUGCAGAAAAUUAGACAUAACCCGUGCGGCUCGAUAGCUUAAAGCAACACUUGAAUGUUUUAUCUGGUGACUUUAAGGACGAGGAAUCAUCUGAGAUCCAUGUGACACAACGUUAUAACGAUGGUGUUUAUUAAAAAGGAGACUGAAGACGUGAAGAUUGAAGAAACCUUUGGAGUCGAACACGGAGAUGCUGAGGAACAAAGAAAGAUGGUGUUCAUUAAAGUGGAGAGUGAAGAGAUGAAGAUUGAAGUCAAACAUGAAGAUACCGAGGAACAAACAGACCUGAUGAGUGGAGAACUCAUUGAAAAGGAAGAUAAAGAUCGGCACGAGAAACCUAAUUUCACGUUUAGUUGCUCACAGACCGAAAAGACGUCCUCGCAAGAAAGAGCUCAAAAGGCUAGAAGUGCGGGUCACUUCACCUGCCAACAGUGUGGAAAACAUUUCAACAGGAGAGGAAACCUCAAUUACCACAUGAGAAUUCACACCGGAGAAAAGCCUCACACGUGCCCUCAGUGCGGGACGAGUUUCACUCAAAAAGUGAUCCUCGAUAGGCACAUUAGAGGCCACACCGGAGAGAGGCCCUACAGCUGCAAGCUGUGCGGAAAGAAUUUAAUGCGGAAAGCAAACCUCAAAAACCACAUGAGAAUUCAUACCGGAGAGCAGCCCUACACCUGCCCGCAGUGCACGAGGACUUUCCUACAUCAGCAAACUCUCAAGUACCACAUGAGGACUCACAACGGAGAGAAACCCUUCGCCUGCCCUCACUGUGGAAAGAGCUUCGCCGGAAGAGGAAACCUCGUGGUCCACACAAGGAUUCACACGGGAGAAAACCCGUUCACCUGCCCACAGUGUGGGAAAGGUUUCUCUCAGAAAGGAAACCUCAAAAGACACAUGAAUGCACACUGAAAAGAAGCUGUGAGAGGUUGCUCCACAGACACUUCAUUGCAGUUCAUUGAUCUGCAGCGGGACAAUGUUAUGUUUACAGUGAUUGUCCAUAAUGUCUAUCUUAGAUAGAGGGUAUCCCUUAGAUAUGCACAUUUGGUUUCUUCUUGCAUUUGCGUGUAGAUUUUUUUUUUCUUUCUCACGACAAAAAAAGCAUUCAAGCCACCGUUUAUUCUCAGUGAAACUGUCCGACUCUUCACAACUAUAUCGUGUGAGGCCUCACGUGCAAAAUUAUCUAUUCGAUUUUUAAAAUCUGUCAUAUAUUCUGUAAAAAUCUGACAUGGAAUGUUAAUAAUAUCUGCUAAGUUGGCUAAUGGCUUGUCACUGUAAUGAAAUGGAGUCACGAUCAUGAUAGUUGCUACAAUUGUUGAGAAAUAUAAUGUAGCAAUUCGGUAUCUGCGCUAUUUUUCAUAAUAUUAGUCCCGAGUCAUUUCUGUGUGGAAUAUGAUCUAAGGAAUCAACUUACAUAUGCAUAUGUCAUAAGGUGCUGUUUGAAAGGCCAUGAUUUUGUGUAUUGGCUGUAACAGAAUAUGUCGACAUGCUUUAACAUUCAAAAAACAUAAUUUUUCAAGUACUGUACAUUAAAGUAGCUCCUCUGCCCCGCCUCUCUCAAACGCGUCAUUUUCUACAAAGCCCCUCUUUCCGAUAUGCACAGUCUGCUAUGAUUGGCCAGUUCACACAGUGCAUUGUGAUUUGGACAAACACCAGCUCUGCUAACCCCAAGCCUACUUUCACAGAUGUUUCAGGAGUUUAGGCUAAUUUGAUAACUGGUUUGGAUUCAAUUCAAAUUUCUAUUUGGGUUUAUGCAUGUAUUCUUUAAAAUGUUAACUGUUUGUUGUCAUAGCUAUGCAAAGAUUUAAUUUAAAAAAAAAAAAAAAACAGUAUCAUAGCUAUUAAAGUACAUCUCAUGAUUACAAAUCUAUUCAAUCACAAAGUAAAAAGAGCUGCUAAAGUGGUAGAUGGGGUUUAAAAUGUAAUUAUCAGCAACUGUAAUUAGUUACAUUUAGUCAUUUAAUUAUGCAACGUCAUUACAUGUAACUAGUGCAGAUGAACUAGUUCAUGAAUGCAUAACCUUAACACUGGUCUACUGUAAUGCAUGUACUUCACUAGAAAAGCUACAGUUAGUCCAAAAUUCAGCAAAGCAUUCACAUAAAAUAUAUAUCAUAACCUUAUACUCCAGUUUUUAAGAAACAGUAAGCCAGGUUAAAGAGAUUCAUUUUUAAUCUCCAUUUAAAAUGACAAAGUGUGUCUGCCCCCCUGAACAGUGUUAGGUAGAUUGUUUUAGAGUUUGGAUGCUAAAUAAGUCAAGGAGUUUUGAGAACGCAUCAGACAUGAAGGCAUAUAAUGUGAUAAAAGCUUGCCCAAGUACUAGCUGCUGCAUUUUGGGCAGGUUAGACUUUA